AUGUCCUCUGGCGGCAACACCCCAGCGCACCCCAGCAUGUCCUACUCCUACCCGACGGUGCUCCUCCUCUUGGUGACGGGCAUCUUCACAUUCCUCGCUGUCGUGGCCGCGACCGUCUACUUUGCGGGCUACGCCGACGACGUCGCCGAGUGGUGGGCCAAGCGGUAUUACAAAGCCAAGGCCGUCGCCGAGGUCAAGCUGAUGGAGAACGUGGGCGAGGACAAAGUCCAGGGGUUGGUCAAAGACUCGCUGAAGAAGAACCCCGUCAUGGGCAAAGACGAACUCGACCAGGUCUCGGGCGGUCUGGGCCAGGAGGCCGUCAACGAGGGUCUCGGCGGUGUCAGUGGCAAGCUGGGCGGGUUGGGAAAAUUUGAAUGGCGGUUUCGUCAAAACCGAGUUCUCAAUGCCGUCAAGGUCGGAAUCCCGGAACGGUCUGGACGUGAACAUCGGCCUACUAGCCCGUACAGCAUUUCCGACGCGGAUACGUCUUACCAAGUCGUGGCUGUACAACUCUUUCAAAUGACCGGAUAUGCUGGUGAAUUCCGAGGUAGGCCACUGAACGUUGAGGCAAUGGAAAAGGAGUGA